CUCCCUCUCUCUCUUUCUCUCUCUCUUUCUCUCUCUCUGUCAAAAAUAAAUAAACAUUAAAAAAAAAAAGACCUGCUAGCACAGCCCACAGGCCAAACCCAGCCCCACCACCUGUUUUGGCAAAUACAGUUUUCUUAGAACUCAGCCAUGCCUGUUUGUUUGCAUAGUAUCUAUGAUUGCUUCUGCAGAGUUGAGUAGUUGAGACAGAACCUAGGCCUGCAAAGACGAAGCUAAUUAUCAUCUGGACCUCCCAGGAAAGCUACAUCUGGCAGCACAUUGAGAUCGGCUAUGUCCAGGGCAUGUGUGACCUCCUGGCUCCACUGCUGGUCAUCCUGGAUGACGAGGCCCUGGCCUUCAGCUGCUUCACGGAGCUCAUGAAGAGGAUGAACCAGAACUUUCCCCAUGGGGGCGCCAUGGACACGCACUUUGCCAACAUGAGGUCGCUGAUCCAGAUUCUGGACUCCGAGCUCUUUGAGUUGAUGCAUCAGAACGGGGACUACACUCACUUCUACUUCUGCUACCGCUGGUUCCUGCUGGAUUUCAAGCGAGAACUUGUCUAUGAUGACGUCUUCUCUGUCUGGGAGACCAUCUGGGCAGCCAAGCACGUCUCGUCCGCCCACUACGUCCUGUUCAUCGCGCUGGCUCUGGUGGAGGUCUACCGUGACAUCAUCUUGGAGAACAAUAUGGAUUUCACAGACAUCAUCAAAUUCUUUAACGAAAUGGCUGAGCGGCACAACACCAAACACGUCCUGAAGCUGGCCCGGGACCUCGUGUACAAGGUGCAGACUCUGAUUGAGAACAAGUGAGGGCCACCUCACCCCGGCCCUGUCAGCCAUGCCGCCACCCACCUGUCCAGCCCGCUUUUCCUCCCGGCUGCCCCGGGAGCGAGGUCCUGGUGUCUGUUCAUGAGCAUGGACUUCUGUGCAGAGAGAAACUGCCCCAACUUUGGCCGCCAGGCAGGUGGGGUUGAGGGUUUGCCCCUUGAGUUCAGCCUUACGUUUUCCUGUUUGACCAAAGAUUGUCCAAGUCUGGGAUUUCUCCCUUGUGGGAGUUGGGGUUCGUCAGUGGAUGGAGGGAACAGUUUCGUUUGUGGUCUCCAGAAUGGUUGCCUCUCUCUUAUUCUGUCCCAACCCCUCCAAACUGUUCCGUCAGGGGAGACUUGGAGAAGGACUUUUUCUUGGAGAACUAGUGUAGGAGAGGUCUGUGGGUCUACCUCUAUACUCUGAAAGGGGCCUCUGGAGAUGUUCCAGAACAUGGCCGGCAGGCAGGCUUGGAGCAGAGUUUCUGCACCUCCCUCGGCGCUGUUGACAUGGUGCUGGGUGAACCCUCUUCUGAGAGGGGUCGUCCUGUGCAUUGUUGGAAGGUAAGCAGCAUCGCUGGCCUCCGCCUGCAAGAUGCCAGUAGCGCCCCCUCCCCAACCCAGCUGUGACAACCCGAAGGGUUUGCAGAUUUUGCCACAUGUCCCCACUUGAGAAAACCAGUGGCGUAGAGGAGGGGCUGCAAGUGUAUCUCCUUCC